AGUGAUAUCGUGCUUCUUACGCCCCCCUGUUCUGUGGCAUCCUCACCUUUCACAUCAAGCUUCUCCUGCAUGCCCGCCUCUCCACGGUACUUAUACCUGACACUGGUUUCAUCACCCUUACCACUCUUCCACGUCAUUGAUCGCACGCCGAGAGUCCACAGGAAACGCUUUCGUCACCACACACUCAACCCAGUCUUCUAUCUCUCAUCUUCUCCACCAUGUUUCGUUUCAUAGGCUCGGAAUCCAAUAGCAAGGGUAAACAACGUCAGCAAGACGCUGACCCGGAACUUCAGGUGCAUAUCCAAACCGAGGUCCACUCGAAUCGUCCUCCCGUAGAAAGUCAGAGCUCCCAAGCACUAGACAGUACAUCCUCCCUUCAGACUACGCCUUCAAAUCCUAAGCGCCCGCUGCCUCCUGGGCUCCGCGUGCCGACACACCCUUACCCAUACUGGCAAAAUCAUACGCCGGCAUCAUCCUCCCAGAGUAGCCUCGAAUCACCUAAAACCCCUUCACAGGUUUCCUGGCUUGGAGGGGCUGGAGGAACUUCGGUUGCUCGUGCUGCAUCAUCGUCACCGGAUCUUCAACCUCAUCACUUCCCACCACCACCACCCACUGCACCACCAGCAAAUGCCACACGCACGCGGUCCUUACAACCCUCCAAGAGCUCACAUUCAUUGCGAGUACCGAUACAGGAGUGUUUUGGGCAACCACUUUCUCCAAUUGUUGAGCAAGACUAUAUGUCACCCGAGAAGCGCACCGUGUCAUUACCAAGUAGCCCAGGUGGCUCCGGUUCUCGAACGAGUGGUACUACAGCCACUAUGAUGACACCGAUCAGUCCAUCUAUGAUGACCCCAACUAGUGCGGUGGCUAUGUACUCCGCACGCCCAACACCCACGCCCACCACUCCAGUUGUUCCUCCGCAGUUUGCGAGGCGACGAGAGGAUUCGCUUGGUGACUCAUCACGUUCUUCGCCAGUAUACUCAAAUUUUCUCUCCCGCCCGUUGAACAGGACCAUAAGUAUGUCGUCGACGAGGACACACCAGUCUGGCAACUCGUUAUCUGCAACACCACCUGUCAUUCCUCCUCUUGAUCUACGCCCAGCGUUUCCUGGACCUCUCCCUUCAGACACAAUUUUGUCCCGGGAUAUCGCUGAGGAUAUUCCCGAUGAUACAUCAACGAAACGCGAGAGCUUCGUCACAGCUCGGUCGGCUGGUGCAGCACGGGAGAGCAGGUACUCUGCUAUGAUUUUGGAACCGGAUCAUGAACCUCUAGAUGAUCAGGAACUCCCAUCGAGCCGAACUGCAGAGUCUUCUAAGAAUUCCCCCGAGCGCCAACAAGGAAUCCCCCAGCUACCUUCACUACCUCCAGCAACACACACACCCUUGCUCCCCCGUGCUUCAUCGCGAACCUCAACAUAUCCACCCUCAUACUCGUUACCACAGCCCAAUGUAGAUCACCGGGUCAAUCACGGUGGGCUCGAUACUCCAAGCCAGCGUGAUUCUGUUCGAUCGAUGUCAUCUUCAUUCAUCGACCGUCGCUUUGCAGAGUCAGAGCUAUAUUUCGGCUCAUAUACAGAAUGCUCUAGCGCACGCCAGGCCAACGAGAAAUGGGCUAAGCAUACUGAGAAAUCCGACACCGCUCGGACACUGUUCUGGCUUGGGUUUAUUGCACCAUGGUGUUGGCUCAUCGGUGGAUGGCUGGUGAAAGCCAAGAAUAAUAAUACCUAUGGCCGGGGUGGCAGCAUGACGCCCUUGUGGACGGGUAAGAGCACACGGACAGUUAAUUCAUUUACGAUGCAGCCAUUGCACCAUGGCUAUCCCUUUGUGGCGCCUUCGGUGCAGAGCUUAAUGCCGCCAUCAUAUUCGCGAGGGAUACAUUCAGCGCAUCCUCGUGGCCCUUUUUUAAUAGCGAGGAGCCCGUGGAUUAGGAGGUGUAGGGUGGCUGCUGCUGUGAGUGGAAUUAUUAUUAUGCUGCUGUUCAUUGUUGCCCUGGUGGUAGUUGGGAGGAGCAGUUGAGAACAACUAAUCGUGAAGAAUCCGUAUCUGGAUAUUAUAUUCUCAAAUUAAAAUGAGCAAGCGAUAUUUACCGUAUACUUAGUACUAUAUGAUCAUUUCUCCAUUGCAGCUUGCAUCACAUUCCGAGGAUCAGAAUCAUAGAGAUCUGGUUCGAACCUGUAGCACUUCAUGAAUACCUAGCACUUUACGAAUGCUUACGCUUUACGAAAUAAAUGUACCUAGCAACCUUUGCGAAAUUACAAUGUAUUAGAGAAAAUUUUAUUAAAC